AUGCCAAAUAUACCAGCAAAACGUAAAGCAUGGUUGGAAGAGGCUUUGGCAGCAUUCUCUGGUGAUGAUGAAGUCAAGCUGAUGAAGAAAUGUUUGGAAAUAUUGGCUGCACCAACUGGUAAAUUGUCAUCGGAUCCGGAGGAAGAUUUCAUGGCAAGAGAAAAUGCUCUGGAACAACUUGAGAGUGUUGUCGAUAUUAUUGAUAAUGCAAAAGAAACUCUUUACAAUAUGGGCAUGGUGGAACAGAUGAUUUCAAUUCUUCAAGGACCACAUGACCGUUAUCAUGAACAUGUGACUAAUAUUUUACUGAAAUUAGUGAGCAAUUAUCCCUCCGCUUUGAGAGACUGUCAACAAGAUAAAUACGGGUUGAGAAAAACUCUGGAGAAUCGUCGACAGUAUCUUCAGGAAACAGAUCAAGAGGCAUAUGAGGAGGAGAUCGACUAUUGUAAUCAACUCAUAAAACUUUGUUUUCCUGACAACAAUAUCUUCGAUAGCACUGACAGAUGA